AUGGCAUGCCAUAAUGGCAAACGAAAGCAUAGGUUUAUUCGCUAUAUUGUGGCUGGCAUAAUUACAGCAUAUAGCAUCGCAUCUCUCCUCUAUCUUCACUUUGCCGGUGACAAGUAUAGUGAGAGGCGUGAUGGUCGAGAGAGAAGCGAUGUGCCCAUACAGAAUCGGAGCCACGAUUUGAAACGCACUUCGUAUUCACUGACGGUCGAGAAUUUACAGGAUAAGAUAAAUACUUCUCAAGAGGAAGAAACUGAAACACUGAGUCGUGUAAAUGUACCGAAGACUUUCCUGAUAGAAGAGGCGGAUUUCUGCCGGCGGCGUCCUCGCCUGCAGGUGAUCGCCUACGUCCACUCAGCCAUCAGCCGCGUGCAAGAGAGGCAGGAGACCCGCUCCACCUGGGCCAACGCCACGGCGUCUGGCCUCGGCGUGGACAUCGCCGCCGUGUUCAUGGUGGGACGAGCCAAGGACGAGAGGGAGAGGCAGAUUGUUCAGGAGGAAAGCCAGCGGUACCAUGACAUCGUCCAGGGUGACUAUGUCGACUCCUACCGCAAGCUGUCGUUCAAGGCCCUGGCGUCCCUGAGCUGGAUAACUCAGCACUGCCCGGACGUCCCGUGGACGCUGCACGCAGACGAUGACGUCUUCAUCGACGUCUUCCUAAUGCUCGAGUACCUCCAUGAGGAGAGGCCGAAAUGUUUUUUCUGCAACGUCAUGUGGAGUCAGGUGAUGCGAACAGGGAAGUGGGCCGUCGCUCGAGAGGAGUUUCCCAGCGACGAGUACCCUGCCUUUUGCAGCGGCCAUGUCUGGGUCUUGCCCACGCCGCUGCUGCCUCGCCUGCUAGAAGCUUCCAAGUCUGCGCCUUUCCUGUGGGUGGACGAUGUGUACGUCACUGGCGUACUGGCCCAGUAUGCCGGCAUUACACAUCUCGGCAUUGGUUCUGAAUCUCGGCACAUUCGGGCUUCCGACGUGGGACUCGUGAUGGCCUGGCACAGCCUAGAGGAUGACAGGAAGAAAUGGUGGACAAUACUUACUCGAAUCUAUCAGAAGACCUUACAGCGAUCCAAAGGUUGAAGGAAACACCACGGGGCAGGAUUUUUAACAAAUGCACACGCAACGGGAUAACUAGAAAAUCCGGUGAUGGCAAUUUCCUAUGGAUAUGCAUGGUUAACAUGAAAGCCAUAACCUGACAUUCGGCUGUCUGUCUUAUUUCCUUUCUGUGAUUAUUCUGCAGUCAGGAUAAUGUUAGCCUGUGGUCAUACUUUUGUCACUGCUUCAUUGUAAUGUAACAUUCUUUGAAGACAGUUUCAUAGUGUAUUCUUUAUAUGAACCUUGGCGAAUGUCUGGUAAAUUGACCUACAGUAUAUUUCCCGAACUCUUGCUAAACCCAUGUCUGUGACACCCAGUGGUUGGAACCACUCCAUUAAACUCAGUAUGCAUCUGUUAAUUUUUACAUUUUUAUUGUAGAUCUUGAUUUUUCUACUCUUUUCAGAACUGAAUUUUUUUUUACUGUUUAACUUCAGAUUGUAAGAAAACAUAUUCUUUAGUAUUUUCAAAAUAUUGUAUUUCGGACAAUAUAGUAUGUUUUAUGAUGUAAAGUGUAUAGCUCAUUAACAUGGAAAUCAUCUUGUAUAUAUUUCAUAAUAUAUGUAUAG